AUGAGUGAUCGCGACAAAGGCGGUAAGACUCGGGUCAAGGCGAAGACCACGUCAUUACCUACGGGUCUCCAAUUCCCCGUUGGUCCUAUGCAUCUUCUACUGCGUAAAGGCAACUCUGCUGGUGCCCCUGUGUACUUGGCCACAAUUCCAGAAUGCCUCGCUGCUGAGGUCCUAGAGUUGGCUGGCAACGUUGGUCGUGACAACAUGAAGAUCCGCAUCAUCGCUGGUCGUGACAACAUGAAGAUCCGCAUCAUCCCUCGUUACUUACAACUGGCCAUCAAGCAACGACGCAGAGUUUAA